AUAUAUAUAUUUGGUUCAUUAUAAAAAUUUAAAAAACUGUAGUCAGUUUGCAUAAUCCAUCAAAGUUGUUUCAAGUAUUUACUAGGUGCUCUAAAAUGUCCUUACGGUCUUAUCACAGAGCACCGCGGAAGAGCAUUUGAAAGGAAAUUAACGCCUCCUUCCUUACCGUUGUUAUAAAUCUUAACCAGAGGUGGUGUUGAACCACGAAUCUCUAGCUUCUGAGUGGUGCUUCUGUGUUGUCAACAACUUAUAAUCUGCCAAGUAUUUGAAGUUUAAUCUAGCAUUUCCCUUUGAAUUUGGCAAGUCUAGGGUAAAAUGAUUUAUUAUGUGCUAUUGACAUUACUUAUCACUGGAUGUAGAUGCAACCUUAUAGUUGAGAUUGAUAGCAUCAAUGGGAAUGAUAGCAUUGCUUGCACUAAUGGUGCGUUAAAAAUACCUUGUAAAAGCUUAAACUACGUUUUUGCAAAUAUUAAAAAUAUGAGCUAUUCAACUUUAAAGAUUUUAAAAGGAGAACAUAUACUUUUAACGGAGAUUCGGGUAAAUGGUAUUGUUUCCAUGGAAAUUGUAUCUUUUGACAAUGCUUUGCUCAAAUGCGUUAAUUCAUCUGGACUAACAUUUAUUUCUUCAAGUAAUGUUACUGUACGAGGAGUUACACUUAAACAUUGUGGUGCAAAACAUAAUAAGAUUGAAUACAAAAACAAAGGAAACUUUUAUCAUUCUUUCAUGAGCACGGCAAUUUGUUUUAUUAAUUGCAAAGAUAUUGUUAUAGAUAAUGUUAUGUUCCAAGAAAAUGAAGGUGUUGCUCUUGCUUUCUUUGAUGUUGGCAAUUCAGUGCAAAUUUACCAAUCAUUUUUUGAUUCUAAUGUGAAUUAUUUAACAAAAGAAAAUAUUUCAGUGGGUGGUGGGGUCUAUGUUGAGUUAUCAAAUUACACAAGUUUAAAUUCUUUUAUUAAUGCAGAUACUAAAUACCUUAUUAAAAAAUGUAAUUUUUCAAACAAUUAUUUGGUCAGUGGAUUAAAACAAACAGAUAUGUCCACUAAAGUCCAACAAAAUAUAUAUGCUAGAGGCGCUGGUCUCUCAAUUGUGUUAAAAGGAGAUGCAAGUAGAAACUUUUUAAACAUCGUUGAUUGUGUAUUUAUUAACAACACUGCUCUUUGGGGAGGAGGUAUGUUUGUAUAUUUAGCAGAGAAAUCCGAAAACAACUCACUAUUAUUCAAUGGCUGCAUAUUUGAAGAAAAUAAAGCCGUUUUAGCCGGUGGCGGUAUUCGUAUUUAUGAGGAAUCCAAGCAAAUAACAUCGUUGAAAGAAAAUAAUAUUAAACUAGAAAACAUAUUAUUCAAAAAAAACUUAGCCAUAUGGGGAGGAGGAGUAUCCAUUAAAGGUGCAACACACAACAAGUAUGAGGAUUGGACAACUAAUACCGUAUUUGAAAAAUGCAUUUUUGAUGAAAACCUUGGCACUGUAGGUUUUGCAAUUGGCCUUCACACACGAAAUUUCAAAAGAAAGAUAUUCGAUAGAGGAGUAUCAUAUCGGGUUGUUAUGAAUAAUUGCUCAUUUAAUAAGAAUCAAAUGAUUUUAUCUGAAGAUAAAAAAGUCAGAGGUCAAGGUUGUAUAUACUUCAAAGAAGCAUUUCUAGUGCUUACUGGAAGUAAUAGUUUUACAUGUAAUCAAGGAACAGCUAUUGUGUUGGAAUCCGCAUCUUUAACAUUUGGGAGCUCUAGUUAUUCUGCAUUUCAAAAUAAUACGGGAACAGAAGGAGGUGCAAUUGCUUUGUAUGGAACGUCAUGGUUAGAACUAGAAAAAGAUUGUAGCGUUUUGUUUGAUCGAAAUUCCGCAUUGCGAAGAGGAGGUGCAUUAUUUGUUAAACAUGCUGGUCCUCCUCGAGUUGGGUUUCAAAAUACAGAAUUACAAUCUUCUCCAUGUUUUAUACGCUAUAAUGAUAUGGAUACUUUUGAAUGGCCUGUUAAUAUAACUUUUCGUGAAAACUAUGCUCCACCAAGUUCAGGGAACUCUAUAUACGCUUCAACACUACAAUAUUGCCGCUCCGAUGGCGAGAGCCGUGUGAACUCAACAGCUCUAGUUUGGCCUUUUAUAAAAUACGAGAGUUCAAGCACAGAUCCAGAAAUUGUAACAAGUGCCAUAGAACUAAACUUUAAUAAAGAACAAUGGAACGUUUCACCAUUUUUCUCUUUUUCGACAGAUGUCCACCAAAUAGAUGAACGUGGUCAAAGUGUUUAUGGUUCCGUAAAAAUAGAUAUAAAUAGCGAAAACAAAUCUGUAACUUUAGAUCCUCCGAACUACGAUUUUAUUGUGAGAGAUAAAAUAUCCAAACUAAAGUUAUUGGGGAAAACGCUAUCAAAAUUUUCUGUGACAUUGAUUACUAAUAAUGAUCAACUAGUUGUUUCGCCAACAUAUAAUGUUUCUUUAAGUUUAUGCUUACCAGGCUUUCGCCUUAGAAAAAAUAAAUGUGUUUGCAUGGAUGCCGAGGUUGGAGAUGUAGUUCACUGUUUAGAAAAUGGAACAGUAUAUGUUUUACGAGGCAGGUGGGGUUAUGUAAAUAGUAAAACCAAUUUGCUUGAAACUGCAGUGUGUCCACAAUCAUAUUGCAAAUGCCAUAUUGCUAUUGAAGAAUAUUUAUGCCAAUUUGAUGUCAAAGAACAAUGUUCUGAAAAUCGUCGAGGAAGACUUUGUAGUCAAUGUUCUGAAGGGUACAGCGUGGCUUUUUUUAACGAAGAUUGUAAAAUCUGUACUACAAAAUGGUGGCUGAUCAUUUUACUAAUUUUAGCUGCUAUAUUAGUAUUUUAUAUUGUAUUGGUUGUUGCUCUCAGUUUUAUUGACGUAGAUGAGUUUUUUGGAUAUUUUAAUGUUUUCUUUUAUUGGUACCAAAUGAUUGAUUUGGUUAUUCCCGUAAACGUACAGCUUACCCGAGGUACACUGUUUUUAAUUGGUUUUAUCUCAUUAACUGGAACUGGUGGUAACACAGGGUUUUGUUUAUAUAACGGACUUGAUAAUUUAGUUAAACUUGCAAUAAAUUACGUACCAACAAUUUUAUUCAUUAUUACUGCAUUUACGUUGCAUUUUGACUCUGUAUGGAAAGUACUUUGUUGUAAUAACUAUAAAAGGUUAUCAACAGUGGAAGCUGAUAAUAGGCGGAUAACAUCCCGAGGGAGAGCAAUAAGCUUCGUAAUUGUGGUAACGUUUUCUCAGAUUAUUAUAGUUUCUUUUAGACUUCUUCAGUAUGUUGAAAUUGAUGGUCAGCGUUAUUUACACAAAGCAGCGUUUGCUAGAUACUUUCGACCCCCUCAUAUAUAUUGCGGAUUACUUGCUUUGUGUUUUUUAUUUGUUAUGUUUGUAUUUAUAUUACUUUUACUUUUAAAUCCUAAAAAGUUAAGAAAUCUUAAACAUAUUGAUACAAAAUAUAUUAAAUAUGUUGUUCCUGUUUUUGAUGCGCUGAAGAGCUGCUUUGAUAAAUCAAAGUUAAUUGGGAAUGAUAAUAGCCGACAAGAAAAAGAAAUAAAAAAGAACUCAAAGCACCAGCGAAGGUUUGCAACAUUUUAUUUCAUCUUCAGAGUUAUAAUGAUUAUUAUUUCUGUUUUUGCUCAAAACGAAAUUAUGAAGCUUGUUCUUUUUUCGUCGGUAUCUGUUAUAUCUCUAGGAAUUUUUGCCUCAUUUCAGCCUUACAGAGAACGUAGUUUUAACAGUUGGGAUACGCUCGCCUUAAUUUUAAUGUGUAUUGCUACCUUAUUUAGUUUAGUUCUAAACGUUCCAUUUUCUGCAAGUCGCACUCAAUUGAAUACUAUUAGAGUAUUGUUGGAAAUCAUUAUUUGGUUGCCAUUUGUAACCUUAAUUUUAAGGCUUGGUUGGAAGUGGCGAAUACUUCUGUAUAAAUUAUCAAAAAGAUCCAGUUUGAUAGAGAAAAACGAUUUAUUAUUCACGAUUCUUCCAUAUAUCGCCUGCAAACUCAACAUAUGCUAGAGACGUUUACGCUUACAGACGUUGGUACCCAACGCUAUACAAAUGGCAGAACUAAGUUGAUCUUAGUCUAUUAAAACUGUCGACUAUAAAACCCAUAGGAAACGUCUAUAAAUUACGCGAAGCUAAACUUAUUUUUAAAAAAGAAGGAGAUCUUAAGUUUUUUUAGGUGGCGAUUUUCAUUAAACUUAAUGAACUA